CUCAUCAUAAACAAAAUUUUUAUAGAAGAAGAGAAAUAUAUUAUGAAGAGAGAGGACAGAUGGGCCAGUUGAGACAAAAAUAUGUGUUCACAGAAGAGGAAAGAUUCAAAGGAGGACGAUUCCCUCCGGAAACGGGUUAAUUUACACUUCCAAUAUUUGUAUGAUAGUGCUGUAAAAGAGGGGUUCAGUCCUUCCGAUUUGGCCAAAAUUGAUGCUGUUGUGGAACUGAGGGAAGACAUUGACAGUUUUGAAAUCCCAAAUUGUGUUUGGAAAUCUUUUGUAGCUUUAGUUGUUUCAUUCAUAGCUAUUGUGAUUGUAUAUUUAUCAGAAUGGCCAAUUAAAAAUGAUACCAUUUUCGAACUAUGGCUGGAAGCCAAAGGGGAGGAUCCCAAAACUGAACGGUGUGCUGUAGAGAAGUUUGAAUUUUUUCAGGAUAUGGUUCGACCUCCACCACCAUGUUGUAGAUUUUGUCAAAAUGUGAAAUCCAUUGAAAAAGUAGAAAAUAUUACUCCAGAAGAGUUUGAAAAACUAUAUGCUUACACUGGUAGACCAGUGGUGAUAAAAGAUGGAACUAAAAAUUGGACUGCCUCAGAAUACUUUUCAUUCCAGUUCAUGAAAUCCAUUUACACCAAAAAUAGUACUGCAUUAAAAAAUGUAGAGAAGUAUUGCCAAUUUUUCACGUACAAAUCCAAUUUUAAAACGUUCGAGGAGGUAUUUGAAAUGAGUGAUGAAAGAGCAUUCAUGAAGGAUAAGUCAUCACCUUGGUAUAUAGGAUGGAGUAACUGUGACCUAUCAGCUGCAAAUGUUCUCAGACAACACUAUAGCCGUCCAUACUUUUUGCCAAAGCAAGCAGAAUCCAGCAAAACGGACUGGAUAUUCAUGGGAAGUCCCGGAUAUGGUGCCUCAAUGCACAUUGAUUAUGUGAACAACCCAUCAUGGCAGGCCCAAAUCACUGGGACCAAACGUUGGUCAUUGGAACCUCCACCAGAAUGUUAUUUUAUCUGCAAAAAAUCUUUUUUUGAAGUCACUGUCCAGCCAGGGGAAAUAAUUGCUUUAGACACAAAUCUGUGGUUCCAUGCGACACUGAAUGUUGGAGACAACAUAAGCAUUGCCAUUGGAUCAGAGUUUGAUUGACAUUCUAAACAAAUGCCUUAUGAUGUAAUACAUUUCAGGGUUGUCCCUAAGAAUUGAAAUAACAAGGGACAUUAAAAAAGUAGAAGGGGGUUCGGGGUUUCUCUCUCAACAGGGGAUAGAGAGAGAAUACCAAAAUAACAGGAGGAAUCCGUCAUUAUAGACCGGAAAAUUCCCCGGCCCCUGGGACUUAGGGACAACCCUGCAUUAAUUGACUUGGUUAGAGGGCAACAUGCAUUUUGUCGGACCCAAGAACCAAACUGUUUGC